AUGAAAGUUAGAGUAUAUAACUAUAAUAGAUUGCAUAGUAGCAUCAAUUAACAGAGAAAGAAAUAUAUGAAUAUGAAGAAUAAACACCAUCUGAAGCACUUUUUUGGCAAUUCUAUUAAUUAAAAAGCAAUUAGUAUAGUUUGAUGAAAUAGCUAAUCCUGUUCUUCAGGAGUAAGGGCUUUUAAAUAUUUUUAGGAAGGCUAAUAAUGAUUUUUUUGAUUUAAAUUGUUUAAUUAUCUGCUUAACUUGUAAUGCCAUUUGUUAUUAGAUAAGUGUUAACUUAUGUGUAAAAGGAAGAUAAGGACUUGUUGGAUGGUUUGAUACUGAUUGGGAUUAUAUUGAUGGUAAAAGUGAUAAGUUUACUAUCAGCUAAUCAUUUAAAAUUAAGGAUGGUAAUUAAAUUUAUAUCAAUAGAGACUAGUGGGCUAUGAUGCAAUGUCAAUAUUAAGUAUGUAGAUUAUGAAUAAAUGUCUAAGACUAUCAAUGUUAAGCAAUACGUAACGUACGAUAGGAGAAAUAACCAACUUGAUGCAAGUUGAUGCAUAAAAGAUUAUAACAGCUGCCAAUAAUAUUAUGAGUAUAAUCAUAAUGCCAAUAUAAACAAGUAUAGAAUAAGUGUAAUUUUUUUUAGUUAUUACUUUGACUUUUAUAUAUUAACAAAUUGGAAUAUCGGUUUUAGUUGGAAUCGCUAUUAUUAUAUUAACAUUGGUAAUAAACAAUUAUUUGGGAAAAAACCUGUUAUAAUCUUAAAAAUAAGUCUUAUUAAGCAAAGAUGAUAGAAUUAAAUAAACAAACGAAGUAUUUUAAUAAAUAAAAUUUAUUAAAAUAAAUUCAUAUGAAUCAAUAUUUUAAUCAAAAAUUGAGUAAUUGAGAGAACUAGAAAGAAAAUGUAUAGAUAAAAGAUUAUAGUAUUAUUCAUUGAAUGUAUUUUUUGGUUGGUUAUCACCUCAAAUUAUAUUAAGUUUAAGUUUUGGGCUAUAUAUAUAUUUGGGAAAUCAAUUGACUCCAGCUAAAGUAUUUCCAAUCAUAAGUUUAUUAUUAAUGUUAGCAGCAAAUUUAUAAUUAUUCCCCAUAUCAAUUAAUGCUUUAUUAGAAAUAUCAUUAUCAUUAAAAAGGUUGAGUGUCUUUUUUGAAACUCAUGAAAUAAUGGAUGAUUGUAUUUCUAAAAAUACUGAUAAAGAUUAUUCUAUUCAAAUAUAAAAUGGUAAUUUUAGUUGGAAUAAAGACUAAUUAUAAAAUGUAAAGAUAUUAAAUAAUGUUUAAUUAAAUAUUAAAAAAGGAGCUUUUAUUUCUAUUAUAGGUGAUGUGGGAUCAGGCAAAUCCUCGUUAAUUUAGGGUUUACUUGGAGAAAUGGUGUAUGAUGAAAGUAAAGAAAAUCCUAAAAUUUUAAUAUGUGGAAAUUUGGCAUAUGUUGGUUAAAAAGCCUGGAUUUAGAACGGAACUGUAAGAGACAAUAUAACUUUUGGAAAAAAAUUUAAUCAAGAUUUAUAUGAUCAAGUUAUAUAUUAUUCAUGUUUAUCUUAAGAUUUAGAAAUUUUAAUAGAUGGAGAUUUGACAAUGAUUGGAGAAAAAGGAAUCAAUUUAUCAGGAGGAUAAAAAGCAAGAAUCAGUUUAGCAAGAGCGAUUUAUAGCGGAGCAUAAAUUAUUUUAUUAGAUGAUCCAUUAAGCGCUUUAGAUGUACAUGUUGGAAAUUUUAUUAUGAAAGAAUGUUUUCUUAAACAUUUAUCAUCAAAAACCAGAGUCUUAUCUACUAAUGCUUUAAAUUUCUGUCAAUAUACUGAUUAUAUCUAUUUAAUAUAAAAUGGGAAAAUUAUUGAUGAGGGUAACUUUGGAAAAAUAUCAUAAAGCACUAAAUUCCAAGAGAUUGAGUAAAGUAAUGUAUUAAAAACCAAUCAAAAAACAGAUGUUUAAUAAAAUUAAACAUAAACAACUUAAUCUAAAAUAUAAUCAAUUUAAUAAAAUAAAAAUAAGGCUAAAACUGAAGAUAUCAUUUUGAAAGAAGAUCGUCAAAUAGGAAAAGUUGAUUAUGAAGUUUAUCAAAAGUACUUUAUAUAUAAUGGAGGUCUUAAGAAUUAUGUAAUAUUAAUCCUAAUUAUGAUUUUAUGGAUUAUUUCAUAAUUAAUUUCUAAUUUCUGGAUUGCCAAAUGGGCAUCAGAUUCUAAUAGUCAUGAUCAUAAUAGUUAUGUUUAUUUGAGUGUGUAUUUUUUACUUGGCAUUGCUUAAUCCUUAUUUGCUUAUGCUAGAGCAGCUUCAGUUGUUAAUUCUAGUUUAAAAUCAUCAUCUAGAAUACAUAAUGAAAUAAUCUAAUCAUUGCUUAAGGCUCCUUAAUGUGAAUUCUUUGAAAGAAUUCCUAUAGGUAGAAUUAUGAACAGAUUAACUAAAGAUAUCAAUUCUCUUGAUAUCGAUAUUAAUAUUAAUAUAUCUUUGUUUUCUACUAAAUUAAGCUAAAUUAUUAGUGCAACUCUACUUGCCAUUAUAACAAGUACUAAAUUAAUCAUAGCACCUUUUAUUUUAUUCUUUUAUUUAAGUUUAAAAAUUAAGAACAUAUAUAUGUAAGCUAGUAGAGAAUUAUAAAGACUUGAAUUAAUUACCAAAAGUCCAAUACUAAGUUAUUUUGUUGAAUCCUUAUAAGGAUUAACAAUUAUUAGAGCAUAUUAAAAGUCUAAUUUAUUUCUGACAACUUUCAGUUAAAAAUUAGAUUAAAAUAGAUAAAUUAGUUAUGUUUCCACUGUUGCUAAUUGUUGGUUUACUUAAGUAUUAGGUUUCUCAAGUUUAAUUGUUAACAUGACUGCCAUCACCUAUUGUAUUGUAAUUUAAAAUAAUGCAUCAUUUAUUGGAUUAAUUUUGACAUAUGUUGCUAAUUUAGAUUAAUUAAUUUAAUAAACUAUCGAUACAUUAAGCACAUUAGAAAAUAAUAUGAUAUCAUUUGAAAGAUGUUUAGAAUUUACUAAAAUUCCUUAAGAAAUUAACACUCCAACUUUAAAAGUGGAACCAGAUUGGCCAAAAUAAGGACUUAUAUCAUUUAAUAAUUUAUCUGUCAAAUAUAGACCAGAUUUACCUUUAGCUCUUAAGAACUUUUCAUAUAAAAUUAAUAACAAUGAGAAAAUUGGGAUUGUUGGAAGAACUGGAGCAGGUAAAUCUACUUUGGCUCUCAGUUUAUUAAGGCUUUUAGAAGCAUAAGAGGGUUAAAUAUUAAUUGAUAAUAUUGAUAUCUCCUAGAUUUCCUUAUAAAUACUUAGAAAUUCAAUCACUUCUAUUUAAUAAGAUUCUGUUAUAUUUAAUGGAUCCAUCAGAUAAAAUUUAGAUCCAUUUCAAUAACAUGAUGAUGAUUCAAUUAGAUAAGUACUUAAUGAUUGUUGUCUCACUAAUUUAAUUAACCAAAGAAAUGGUUUGAAUACUAGAAUCAAUGAAAGUGGUGAUAAUUUAAGUGCUGGUGAAAAACAACUAAUGUGUAUUGCUAGAGCUAUAUUAAAGAGAGCAAAAUUAGUUUUAAUCGAUGAAGCUACAGCAAAUAUAGAUUUUGAAACUGAGUAAAAAAUAUAAAAAGUGAUCUCAGAUUAAUUCUCAAAUUGUACUGUUUUAAUUAUUGCUCAUCGUAUAAACACUAUUAUGUUAUGUGAUAAGUAAUUAUAGAAUAAUAAAUCUUUAGAAUUUUAGUAAUCGACAACGGAAUUCUAGUUGAAGAGGGGUCAACCUAAGAUUUGGUUAAUAAUCCAUCAUCCAUUUUUUAUAACAUAUAUUAAGAAGUAAUUAAAAAUGAAGUAUAAUGA